AUGAGCCGGACCACCUUCUUUGAGGUGGAAGUUCUUGAUGCCAAGACAAGGGAGCAGCUUUGUUUUCUAGACAAGGUGGAGCCCCACUCGACAGUAGGAGACAUAAAGAGCCUUUUUCACAAAUCAUAUCCUCACUGGUAUCCAGCAAGACAGGCCCUGAAGCUUGAUCCAAAGGGAAAAUCACUCAGAGAUGAUGAAAUCUUACAGAAUCUGCCAGUGGGGACCACUGCCACCAUGUAUUUCAAAGAUCUUGGUCCACAAUUAGGAUGGACUAUGGUGUUUCUUGCAGAGUAUAUCGGGCCCCUUCUGAGCUACCUCCUCUUCUACUUACGAAUACCCUACAUUUACUCAAACCGAUAUGCACUUAGUUCCAGCCCCCACCGUGUUGUCACACUGGCCUGCGUCUGUCAUACCUUCCACUACACGAAGAGGCUGAUAGAGACAAUCUUUGUGCAUCGCUUCUCACAUGGGACCAUGCCUCUCAGGACUAUAGUCAAGAAUUGUGCCUAUUACUGGGGUUUUUCAGCAUGGUUGGCUUACUAUAUCAACCACCCUCUCUAUACGCCUCCAUCAUACGGAGAACUGCAAGUCAACUAUGCACUAAUUCUAUUUGUGAUGUGUGAAAUGGGCAACUUCUCCAUUCACUUGACUCUGAAUAAGCUCAGGGGAGAUGGACCCAAGGGUAGAAGAUUUCCUAUGCCAAAUAAGAACCCCUUCACCUGGCUUUUUUUCUUUGUAUCCUGCCCAAACUACACAUACGAGGUUGGAGCUUGGGUGAGCUUUUCUAUCAUGACCCAGUGUCUGCCAGUGGCAUUUUACACAUUACUGGGGUUUAUUCAGAUGACCAUCUGGGCCAAAGGAAAGCACAAAGCCUACAUCAGGGAAUUCAAGGACUACCCCAGUCUCCGAGUGGCUAUUAUACCUCUGAUUCUUUGA